AUGGAAUCGGAGCCCAGCAGCUCCAGGCAGUCACCUGAGCAGGACUUGUGGAAUCCAGUGUAUAGCGAAAAAUGGAAAGAACUUUUUCUGCAAGAGGUACAAAUAGGAGAAUUUUGGUUAUCUAGAGGAGAGCAUCAGAGAGGAGGGGAGCAUUUUGGCAACGCCCUUUUAGUGUGUGAGGAGCCCCAGGAACUUCUGAGGGUCUUUCAACACACGCUCCCUCCCCAGGUAUUUGAGAUGCUGUUGCACAAAAUCCCCCUUAUCUGUCAGGUGAGCACAUUUUUGUCUUUAUGAAAUCAUAACAGCAUAUAACUCUACUGGGCUUUAUCACAUAGAAACAGCAAAGUACAUGUGUGACUGUCCCCAAGUUUUGAGUAAAUUCAUCU